GAUCGUCUUAAUGAAGAUUGUUGUUCUGUGCCUCGUCGUUCUUAGCGCAGUGGCAUGUGUUUCCGCCGGAUACAGAGAAUACCAAAAUGCUUGUCUGGAUGAAAAUGGAUUGACCAAAGAGGAGUUUUAUGCGAUGAAAAGAAAUCAGGACCCUAGAUCUGGCUGCGUCACGGCGUGUAUCAUGAAGAAAAAUGGAUCUAUGAAACACGGAAUCAUUGAUGCGAGGGGAAUCAAAAGAAGAAUGAGAACACUUUUAGCUCCAUUCAUAAGCAAGGAUAAACUUUACGAGAAAAUCGAUUACUGCGUUGAUGAAGCCGAAAAUCACGUAGGCGUAUGCGAAAAAGCAUACGUAUUGCAAAAGUGCUUGCGGACUCCAAGAGCCAACAAUGUUCAAGGCGAACGUCAAAAGAUGAUUGACUAAAUCGUCUCUUCGUCCAAAACGACUCUGUGUACUACUCUUAUCAAUACAAUUAGUAGAUCUAGUGUAGCAAUAAAUUGAACCUUAAUUUUCAUUCCCUA